AUUAUGCAGAGUGAAAAAAAGCCAAUCCCAAGAGAUGAGGUGACCAUGGAGGCUGGCGGUCUCCCCUUGGAGCUCUGGCGCAUGAUUUUAGCCUACCUGCACCUUCCUGACCUGGGCCGCUGCAGCCUGGUGUGCAGGGCCUGGUAUGACCUGAUCCUCAGUCUCGACAGCACCCGCUGGCGGCAGCUGUGUCUGGGAUGCACCGAAUGCCGCCACCCCAACUGGCCCAACCAGCCCGAUGUGGAGCCUGAGUCUUGGAGGGAGGCCUUCAAGCAGCAUUACCUUGCCUCCAAGACAUGGACCAAGAAUGCCCUGGACUUGGAGUCCUCUGUCUGCUUUUCUCUCUUUCGCCGGAGGAGGGAACGCCGUACCCUGAGUGUUGGGCCAGGCCAUGAGUUUGACAGCCUGGGCAGUGCCUUGGCCAUGGCUAGCCUGUAUGACCGAAUUGUGCUUUUCCCAGGUGUGUAUGAAGAGCAAGGUGAAAUCAUCCUGAAGGUACCCGUGGAGAUCGUCGGCCGCGGGAAGUUGGGUGAAGUGGCCCUGCUAGCCAGCAUUGACCAGCACUGCUCCACCACACGCCUGUGCAACCUUGUCUUCAUGCCCGCCUGGUUCUCCCCGUUCAUGUUUAAGACAACAUCAGGUCAUGUCCAAUUCGACAACUGCAACUUUGAGAACGGGCACAUCCAGGUCCAUGGCCCAGGCACCUGCCAAGUGAAGUUUUGCACCUUCAAAAACACCCAUGUUUUCCUUCACAACGUGCCCCUGUGUGUGCUGGAAAACUGUGAAUUUGUGGGCAGUGAAAACAACUCUGUGACUGUGGAGGGCCACCCAUCUGCAGACAAGAACUGGGCCUACAAGUAUCUACUAGGGCUUAUCAAGUCCUCCCCCAGUGUGCUCCCCACGGAGAACUCUGACUCUUUAAUGUCCCUGGACCUGGAGAGCAGGGACCAGGCUUGGAGCCCAAGGACCUGUGACAUCGUCAUUGAAGGCAGCCAAAGCCCUACCAGCCCAGCUUCUACCUCCCCAAAGCCAGGCUCCAAGGCUGGCUCCCUGGAGGCAGAGGUGGGCAGUGAUGGGGAAAGGGUGGCCCAGACCCCAGACAGCAGCGAUGGAGGACUGAGUCCUAGUGGUGAGGACGAGGACGAGGACCAGCUCACAUACAGACUGUCCUACCAAGUGCAGGGCCCACGCCCUGUGCUAGGGGGCUCCUUUCUAGGCCCGCCACUUCCAGGAGCGUCCAUUCAGCUGCCCAGCUGCCUAGUGCUGAACUCCCUGCAGCAGGAGCUGCAGAAGGACAAGGAGGCCAUGGCACUGGCCAGCUCCGUGCAGGGCUGCCUCAUCCGCAAGUGCCUCUUCCGGGACGGAAAGGGAGGCGUCUUUGUUUGCUCCUAUGGCCGAGCCAAGAUGGAAGGAAACAUCUUCCGGAACCUGACUUACGCAGUGCGGUGUAUACAUAAUAGCAAGAUUGUCAUGCUCAGGAAUGACAUUCACCGCUGCAGAGCGUCAGGCAUCUUCCUUCGCUUGGAGGGCGGAGGCUUGAUCGCAGGCAACAACAUUUACCACAAUGCGGAGGCGGGCGUGGACAUCCGGAAAAAGUCCAACCCACUCAUACUGUGUAACCAGAUCCACCACGGCCUUCGUUCUGGCAUUGUCGUCCUUGGCAAUGGGAAAGGUGUCAUCCGCAACAACCAAAUCUUUUCAAAUAAGGAGGCUGGCAUUUAUAUCCUGUACCACGGAAAUCCAGUCGUGAGCGGGAACCACAUUUUCAAGGGCCGUGCAGCAGGCAUAGCAGUGAACGAGAAUGGCAAAGGCCUCAUCACAGAAAAUGUCAUCCGUGAGAAUCAGUGGGGAGGUGUAGACAUCCGCCGAGGAGGAGUCCCCGUCCUCAGAAGCAACCUCAUCUGCUUCGGCUACUCAGAUGGUGUGGUCGUGGGAGAUGAAGGCAAAGGACUGAUAGAAGGAAACACCAUCUAUGCUAACAAGGGCUGUGGUGUGUGGAUGAUGUCGUCCAGCCUGCCCCACGUCACCAGCAACCACGUCAGCUACAAUGGCCUGUACGGGGUGGCAGUGUUCAGUCAGAAGGAGGGCUCCGGUGAGUUCCCUGGAGGACACGGGGCCCAGGAGAACUUCAGCGAGGACGGGGACGCCAUCCUUUGGGAGACGGAGCUGGAGAAGGACGACGACCCGCUGCGCCGGCCCGUCACCAUAGCUCUUGUUGAGUCUAACAGUAUUAAUCACAACGGAGCCUCAGGACUCUACGUCCAGAGCAGUGAGGCGCUGCAUGUCCUCACCAACGUGAUCCACGCUAACGGGGACAGAGGCAUCACCGUGGCCCAGAGCAGCCAGCUCACCCGUGUGGCCAACAACAGCAUCUCCUGCAACCGCCAGAGUGGGGUCAAGGUCGAGGCCCAGUGCAAGGUGGAGCUCCGGGGCAACGGUAUCUAUGACAACAGAGGCCAUGGCAUCAUCACCAAGGGCGACAGCACCGUGGUCAUCGAAAAUGACAUCAUUGGCAACCGGGGCAGCGGGCUGCAGCUACUGCCCAGGUCCGACACAAAGGUGAUAAAGAACCGGAUCCAUUCAUUCCGGGCCUACGGCAUUGCAGUGCGGGGCCGCGCCAAGGCCCUGGUACAGGAGAACAUCAUCUUCCAGGGCAAGGCCAGCAAGACGAUCUUUCAGCAGAUCUCAAACAACCGAGAAUGUAUCAUGCAAAACAACAAGUUCCUGGUGUUCAAGAAAAAGUCUGAUACGUGGCGCCUGGUGAACCCACCAGCACGGCCUCACCUUGAAAGUUCUCUCCGAGGCCCGUCUGCAGCCCACAGUGGGCAGAAGGUGACGGCCAUGGCGACCAGGAUCACCGCCCGCGUGGAAGGUGGUUACCACAGCAAUCGCAGCGUCUUCUGCACCAUUCUGUAA